CUCGUUCCUAUAUCCGUUUUCGAUUUAGGGCACCAACCUCUGAAACAAUUAAAAUCAAAAUCUCCGCACGAAAACUCCAUAAAUCUUCUUCUUCCUCCCCUUCGGAUUCUCAAUCUUCUCUUUGAUUGAUAUCAGGGUUUUGCGAAUUGGGCAGUGCUAUCCUCUUCCUCCUCUAUUGUAGGCGUUUCGCGUCUUGUCUCCGAAUGAUAUAUUGUCUCACGUGAUUGUCAGUUCGUGCAAUGUCAAACCUUCAUUCAUCUCUCAAUGGUUCAGCUUCGAAUUUACCUGAUGGGUCGGGCAGAUCUUUUGCUGCUUCCUAUUCUGGACAAUCUGGUGCACCGUCUCCCGCUUUUCAUCACACUGGAAACCUUCAGGGGCUUCAUAAUAUACAUGGGAGCUAUAACGUCGGGAACAUGCAAGGUACACUUACAUCAAGAAACUCAAGUAUGAAUAGUAUACCAUCUGCUGGGGUUCAACAACCUAAUGGGAGUUUUUCCAGUGGAAGAUUUGCUUCAAAUAAUCUACCUGCUCUCUCUCAGUUGUCUCAUGGCAGCUCUCAUGGGCAUUCGGGAAUCCCAAAUAGAGGAGGUAUUAAUGUUGUUGGCAACCCUGGGUUUAGUAGUAACGCAAAUGGAGUUGGCGGUUCUAUUCCUGGGAUUCUCUCCACAUCUGCAGGACUCAGUAAUCGGAAUAGUGUUCCAGGGAUGGGAAAUCUCUCCCAGUUGUUGGGAAAUGCAGGUCCUCGAAUAACAAAUUCAAUGGGAAAUAUGGUUGGUGGAGGUAACUUGGGAAGGAAUAUUAGCUCUGGUGGAUUGUCGAUUCCUGGUCUUUCUUCACGACUAAAUUUGGCAGCUAAUAGCGGAUCAGGAUUAAAUGUUCAGGGACAGAACCGAAUGCUGGGUGGAGUACUUCCUCAAGGAUCUCAAGUCAUGUCUAUGCUGGGGAACUCCUAUCAUAGUGGUGGCGGCCCACUUUCGCAGAACCAUGUUCAGUCAGUUAACAAUAUGAUGCUCAGUGAUCAUUCUAACGACAGCUCUCUUUUUGACAUCAACAACGAUUUUCCCCAGCUGACAAGCCGCCCUGGUUCUGCUGGUGGCACUCAAGGACAACUGGGCUCUUUGAGAAAACAAGGCUUAGGAGUUCCAAUUGUCCAACAAAACCAGGAGUUCAGCAUCCAAAAUGAAGACUUUCCAGCUCUACCUGGAUAUAAAGGUGGUAAUUCUGAUUAUCCGAUGGAUUUGCAUCAGAAAGAACAACUCCAUGACAAUGCUAUGUCAAUGAUGCACUCUCAAAACUUUUCUAUGGCUAGAUCUGGUGGUUUCAACCUGGGGGGAACAUAUCCAUCACAUCGCCCACAACAACAGCCACAACAUACUUCAUCUACUGGUGGACUACAGGGUCUUGGCUUGAGACCUCUAAGCUCUCCCAGUGCUGUUUCCAGUAACAGUUAUGACCAGCUUAUUCAGCAGUAUCAGCAGCAUCAAAAUCAAUCCCAGUUUCCUGUGCAACAAAUGUCAUCGAUCAACCAGUUUAGAGAUUCUGAGAUGAAAUCGGCACAGUCAGAGGCAGAUCCAUUUUGCUUGCUUGGCUUGUUAGACGUACUAAACAGGAACAACCCUGAAUUGGCCUCUCUUGCUCUUGGCAUCGACUUAACAACGCUAGGGUUAGAUUUGAAUUCAACUGGUAAUCUCUACAAGACAUUUGCUUCCCCUUGGACCAAUGAACCGGCAAAGACUGAUGUCGAGUUCACAGUACCCAAUUGUUACUACGCCACACCACCUCCGCCUCUAACUCGAGCAAUUUUCAAAAGGUUCUCCUACGAGUUAUUGUUCUACACAUUUUACAGUAUGCCAAAAGACGAAGCACAGCUACACGCAGCAGAUGAACUUUACGAACGAGGUUGGUUUUACCACAAGGAACAUAGAUUAUGGUUCUUCAGAGUUGGGGAACCUUUGGUCAGGACAGCUGUAUAUGAAAGAGGAACAUACGAAUGCCUCGACCCAAACUCGUUCAAAACAGUCAGAAAGGAGCAUUUGGUUGUCCAGUACGAGCACAUGGAAAAGAGACCAAGCUUGAUGCAGCAUUGACUUCACGUAGGUUUGUUCAAUUAGUAGCAUCUUUACAGUGUAAAGCUUUUUCUUUCUCUUUUUCUUCAUGCAAGCUCCAUUGUUUAGAAACCAAACCAUCUUACAAUUUCAAUUUUUAACCUCAAAUUUCCGCCAUAAAAGGUAACUUAAGUUAAAUU